AUGGUGCUUUUGGCUCAGUUAUGCAGACCCUUCAGCAAUCUCAGAAGCCAACCUGAACGCCUUGAAGCUGGGCAGGCAAUGGAUGAGUCAGACGAUGAUUUUAAAGAACUCUGUGCCAGCUUUUUCCAAAGGGUUAAAAAGAAUGGCACCAAGGGCUCGGCAGGAGAAAGGAAGAAGCAAAAGGCUUCAAGCAGCACUCAGAUAAGCAGCCAAUUGAAAGGGCCCAGGCAGCCCAGGAGCAAAGCCCUGCGAGGCCCAGCACAGAGGAAAGCUGGCAGCCAGGCCCGGAGGGCUCCGGCUCAGGGGGCCGCCAAGCAGCGAGCCCGGAAACCGACUCGCGCUGUGAAUGGGGAGGGCCACGCAGCCGCUCCUGCCUUUGUGCCAAGUCAGCCGGUGCUCGGGGACAGUGCACAGGGCACCCAGCCAGGUAAGGAGCGUAAAUCAGUGCUAGAAUGUUCCCACCAGAAACCAGGGGCAUUUGCUCCCAGCAGUGAUGCCCAGCCCCCUCCUCCCGGGCUGACCGCAGUGGCCCCCAGUCCCUCCAAGCCACGGACUGCAGAGCUGGUCCUCCAACGAAUGCAGCAGUUCAAGAGAGCAGACCCCACACGUCUGAAACAUGCUUCCGGGGUGUGCUCACUCGAGGUGGCGAUUGCCGAAAACGCCCCCAAGGACCCUCCAGAGGAGACGGUGGUGGGCAACGGCUGUGGGCCUGGGCCCCCUGCCACGGAGAGUGACACCGCGGUGGCUCUGGCCCUGCAGCAGGAGUUGGGGCAGGAACGAGCAUCCGCCUGUGAAGAGGGCCUGGAGCAGGAGGGCUGGUUUUUCUGCCAGAUCUGCCAGAAGGAUCUCUCCGCCAUGAACGUCAUACGGAGGGAGCAGCACAUAAACAGGUGCCUGGAUGAGGCCGAGAAGAGCCUGAGGCCGUCCGCCCCUCAGAUCCCUGAGUGCCCCAUCUGUGGCAAACUCUUCCUCACCUUCAAGAGCAGGAGCGGUCACUUGAAGCAGUGUGCGGUGAAGAUGGAGGUCUGCCCCCAGCUCCUGCUGCAGGCCGUGCGGCUCCAGACGGCGCAGCUGGAGGAGGGCUGCAGCCCUGCGGCACAGAGUCUCAGCCAUCAGGUUGGAAGUUUGAAACGGAAAGGAGCCUCCAGCAUGAAGGAGCCCCAGAAAAGGCGGAAGGUCAGCCAGCCCGAGGUGCCGUCCGAGGACCUGUUGGUGGCCAUGGCCCUGUCCCGCUCGGAGGUGGAGCAGUCCGGGACCGUGCAGGCGCUCAACCUGGAGAGCGCUUUCUCGGAGCGGACAAAGCUGGGAGCAGAGAAGAAAAGCCGCAGGAAGAAGCUUCCUGCCUCCCUGCCCCCGCUGCUGGCCCAGGACUCCGCGGCCACGUGGCAGUGGACGGGGGAGCGCGUGGUCCAGCUCUUCGCAGAGGAGGUGGGGGACCUCCCCAGCACGCCGCCACUUCCCGCCAGCAGAAUCUUAAAGAAGGAGUCGGAAGAGGCAGGCUGGCAGCUGCAGCUGCCCGAGGGGAGACGGAACCUCCUGUGGGAGGGCAGCGCCCUGGCCGGGAGCUGGGCCUCGGAGGCCUUCUACACGGCGAGCCUGGUCCCACCCAUUGUGCCCCGGCGGCCCGCCCAGGGUCCCGCGCAGGAGCCACCGUGCCCGUUAAUGCCACCUGACCUGCCCAAGUCGGGUGUAUGCACACCCCCUGCCCACCGCAGCCCCCUUCCUGUGUGCUGCAGCCCCCGAGAGGACCCAGCAGAGCCAGUCCCCAGGGAGGCGUCACCCUCCUCCAGCCAGAGGGAGCACCAGGCCCUGCAGGACCUCAUGGACCUGGCCAGAGAGGGACUGGUGCCCAGUGGCAGGAGCCUGGACAGCUGGGGUGGAGCAGCAGGUGAGACACCCGGGGGGUCCCUGGAUUUGGUGCCCAGUGGCCUCCCACUGUCGGGGUUCGUUCCGCCACCCGAAGAGGAACAUCUCCAGAGGGGCAGCGACACUUCGCUCUCCCUUGGCCUGCUGGUCUCUGACUUCGGGGCCAUGGUCAAUAACCCGCACCUGAGUGACGUCCAGUUCCAGGUGGACAGCGGGGAGGUGCUUUACGCCCACAAGUUUGUGCUGUACGCGCGAUGCCCACUUCUUAUCCAGCACGUAAACAGUGAAGGCUUCUUUGCUGUGGAAGAUGAGGACCUGCGGACCCAGCGCGCCCUGCUGAGUGAUGUCAGGGUUGAGGUGGCCCAUGCAUUCCUGCGUUACCUCUAUACUGCAGACGCUGCCGUGUCCUCCCACCUGGCCCCCGACCUGCGCACCCUGGCCCUCAGGUUUGGUGUGAGGGAGCUCGUCCGCCUGUGCGAGCAGGUGCCUCUCGAGACGGACGUGGAGCAUGGCCCCCAGCAGGAGGAGGAAGACAAGGACUGUGAGAGCAGGGCAGACAACUUCCAGGAACUCUUGAGGUCGAUGUGGGGAGACGAGGAGGAGGAAGCGGAGGCCCCGGUGAAGCACGAGGGCCGCGAGGACAGAGAGGAGGUGGACGAGGCCGACAUGGAGGAGAUAUAUGAGUUUGCAGCGACUCAGCGGAAGCUGCUUCGAGAGGAGAGAGCGGCAGAGCGAGGCGGGGCCACUGGCCAGCGCAGGGAGGGCUCCCCGGGCCCCGGGGGCGUCUGCGCAGGCGUCCUGCUGCAGGCGCAGUUGGAAGAGGUAGUACACAAGCCAUCUGAGCCCGGAAGCAACGAGGCCCAAGGCAGAUGGACAAGCGGGGCACAGUCGGCUCCCCUGUCCCAGGGCGAGCAGCCCCCCAGUGUGCACCACGCAGAGACCCGUGAGCGGGAAGCCGUGAGGGAAGCCCCAGGCCGCUGCAGGUCCUCCAGCCCUCCCGGCGAGUCCCGGGCAGGAGGGAAGGAAGGCCCCUGUUUGCACUCAAUGGAGGACAGUGAACAGCUUUCGUCAUUGACCCGAGGAGAUCACCCUGAGCGUCCCCAGGUAACAGGUGACCAAGAGGAACAAAGGAGCCCCGUCAUGGAGAGAGGGCCCGAAGCGUCCUGCUCCCCGAGGUACCAGCAGGCACCCGCCCCAGGUGGGAGUCCCUCCUGGCCCCACCUCCACCCUUGCUACGCAGGUGGCAUGUCCCCUCUGGUGCCUCGAUCGCAGAGUGCAGAUUCCAAGAUGGCUUCCUGGGACACACUGUCCCCAAUUUUAUCAUCAAAGCACAGGAGAGACAGUAGCAUCCCUGCGUUACUUACAGACCCAGAGCCCGAGGAAGGCAAAGCCAGUGGUCCCAUGUGGGCUCGCAGCAGCAGAGGGCCUCUGGUCUCCCCAGAGAAGUCCCUGUCUAUUGACCUCACCCAGUCCGACUCUGGUGACUCACGCUCCCGGCGGCCGCCAGCUCCGUCCGCUGCAAACAGAGAAGAUGAGGUGAUUCUUCUGUUGGACUCGGACGAGGAGCUGGAGCUCAAACGGACCCCAGCAGGAUCCCUUCCUGACGACGCCCCCGAGGAAAGGAAGGUGCUAGCUGUCAGCCCCCGGUCCUCAGAGCUGUUCUCGGUCAUCGACAUCGACGCAGAUCUAGAGCAGUCUCCCAGCCCCCUGGGAAGGGAGGGCAGGCGGCCGCAGGGGGCGGGGGAGCUGCUGGAGACCCAGGGCUCGGUGGGCGGCAGGAGGCGCCUGCAGCUGUUCUGUGACAGCAGCCCCGAGGAGGACAGCACCGUGGACACGUCGUGGCUGGUGCCCGCCACGCCACUGAGCAGCAGGGGCCGCCACCAUUCCUCCAAGACCCACGCUUCCCCACUGCGCUCUAGGACUUCAGCGCUCAGAGAGACCCACCUGGAACCCAGGGCUGUGUCAGAAGUCAGGGAAGCAGAGGGGGCCACCGGUAGGUUUCCAGCCAUUGUGCCCCAGACAGCGGCACCACGCCUGGUUUCUGCCACCCCAGGGAACCCCGAGACUGGAGGGCAAGCCUCCAGAAGCCCCCCAGGGCAUCGGCCCAGGCCCCACCAGCUCUUGUCCCCCAUGGCUUCCUGUCGGCCACCAAGACCCUCGCCUGAACGGCACCGGCUGGGUCGGGCCACCGUGGGUGAGGUGGUAGAAGUCGAGGACAGUGAUGACGAGCAGGGGGUGGCCCUCCACCCACUCAAAAGCAGCCCCCUGCCAGACGGAGAGCCCCCCAUCCCCAUUGACACCUGCUUCUGGAGUGCUGAGCCCCUCUCGCCCAUUCCCAUUGACCACCUGAACCUUGAGCGGACCGGCCCCCUGAGCACCAGCAGCCCCGGCCACAGGGCGAGGCAGGCGCCGGCCUAUGGCUCCCCCGGCCUCCUGGACACCAGCCCCAUCCGGGGGAGCCGCCCUCACCCGGGAGGAGCUCCGGAGCGGUCCUCUCGGGCCGGCCCCCCCGGGAGUAGCCGGCUCAGCUUACUGAACUCGGCUCUGUGGGACGACUGGGACGGAGAAGAGAGGUCGCCGGAGAUGCUGCCUCUGGCCCAGAGACUAAGCGCCGACCGAGCCGACAAACCAGGAGGCCCAGAGACACCCCAAGGUGCUCGUCGGAAGAAGAACUUGCCCCCGAAAGUGCCCAUCACCCCAAUGCCGAGGUAUUCCAUUAUGGAGACCCCAGUUUUGAAGAAAGAGCUGGACAGGUUCGGAGUCCGUCCUCUGCCCAAACGGCAGAUGGUUAUGAAGCUGAAGGAGAUAUUCCAGUACACUCACCAGACCCUGGAGUCUGACUCCGAAGAUGAGAUCCCAUCCUCACAGGUGCCGCCACGUGCCUCUUCCAGCCUGGCCUGGGCCACCGAGGCCCCCAAGACAUCACGCACCGCAGGCCCCCCACCUCCAGAGGCCACCACCAGCCUGAUCCCCCCAAGGCCGAAGGGUCCCACUGAGCACAAGAGCCCCCGACGGAGAAGGAAGCCACCCCGAGAAAGCUCCCCUUCCCUGCACAGGCCAGCAGCUGCGGAGGCACCCCCGGCUUCCGACGGUGACGCCCAGCUCCCAGCCUCCCAGGAGUCCACGGCCACCUUGGUGGACAGCAGCGACGGGUCCUUCGGCUCACAGAGCUCUUCCUCCGGUGAGUUUGGAGCCGCCUUGAUGUCUGAAGGUGACAACGAGGGUGAGGAGGGGGUCAGCGCCUCUCAGGCAGCCGUCCGGGCUGCAGACAUGGAGGAGGCGGUGUGGCGCUACAUCCGCUCCCAGCCCGCCCUGUACCGGAAAGUCCUGCUGUACCAGCCCUUGGAGCUGACGGAGCUGCAGGCGGAGCUGAGGCACCACGGCAUUCGCGUGGCCACGGGGAGGCUGCUGGACUUCCUGGACGCCCAGUGUGUCACCUUCACCACCGCCGCGGCCAGGAAGGAGCAGCUGGACAGGAAGAGACGGCAGCCUGCGGGCAAGCAGCAGCGAGCGCGGGAUUAA